GGGGCCUAGCCCACAGUUCCCCGGGUACCAUCUUGACUCCUCCUGAGGGCGGGAGGGGCGUGCCUUGGGUACAACUGGGCGGAGGUAAUUUGGAAAUUUAGUUUGGAAAUUAGCUUUUCAGAUGGUAGUAGACGUCCUUGCCAGGCGCCCGGGCCCAGUUGAGGAAGGAGGACGCCGACGUGGGGCCUCGAGCGAACACUGGAACGCGGGAAUCAAAGACGGUGGCCUUGGAAUUGAGGCCCAAGGUGUGGCCCCGUGGGCGCCACAGAAGGCAGAGGUGGCAUUUUCUGGGAAUGGCCACUGGUCCUCAGUUUCCUUCCAGGGUGGCAUCUUUAGGCCAUGGAAGACACCCAGACUAUUGACUGGGCUGUUGAGGAAGAGGAGGAGACAGAGCAAUCCAGUGAAUCCUUGGAGUGUAGCUUGGAGCCUGUAGGGAGACUGCGUGUCUUCGGUGGUGCCUAUGGACCAGAAAAAGAUUUCCCACUGUACCUUGGGAAGAAUGUGGUAGGCCGAAUGCCUGAUUGCUCAGUGGCCCUGCCCAUUCCAUCCAUUUCCAAACAACAUGCUGUGAUUGAAAUCUCGGCACGGAACAAGGCACCUGUCCUUCAGGAUUGUGGGAGCCUCAAUGGCACCCAAAUCCUGAGGCCGCCUAAGAUCCUGAGCCCGGGGGUGAGACAUCCUCUGAGAGACCAUGAACUGAUCCUCUUCGCUGAUUUGCCCUGCCAGUACCGCCAUCUAGAUGUGCCCCAGCCCGUGGGCUCCCGGGGCCCUCUAACUGUAGAGGAGACCCCCUGGGUCCCGGGAGCUGCUCAGGCUACCAGGCCUCCGUUGGCUGAGGACUCGGAGGAGGAGGCAGAUUUUCUUUCUGAAAGGUGUAUGGAGAAAGAAUCAAGGGCCACAUCUUCCCCUUUGACAAUAGUUCCAGAAAGUGAUGAUGAGGGGCCUUCUCCAGCCCCAGGUGGCUCUGGACCAUCUUUGGCUUUCAACUUGGACAAUGACACAGAUGACAAAGCAGCGAAGUCUGCAUCAGUGGUGAGGAAUGGUGCCCCAACAAAGGCCAAGCAGCCUGGAGGUGAUGGAGCCACACACGACACCUGGCUGGUAAAGGCUCCACCUGCAGUGGGAAGGGACAAAGACACGGCAGUCAGGAGGGAUGCAGGCAAGAAGGUGGUUCUGGAGAGGAGCCACCCUCCAGGGGAGGUCAGUGACACAGAUGCAGACAAAGACAGCAGGCCAGCCAGGCUCCACCUGGAAAGAGCACAGCCUUCCGGCUUCAUGGACAGUGACACCGAUGUGGAAGAGGAGGGCAUCCCUGCGACCCCAGCUGCAGUUCCCAUGAAGAAGAGGCCGAUCUUCCAUGUAGCUGGAGCCCUCAGCCUGGCGCAUCUGCAGGAGAGCCCAGCUGGUAGAGAUACAGAUGUGGAAGAGCAGAAGCCCCUGCCAGCGGGAAGCCAGACUUCCAUGGUGAUCAACAGUGACACAGAUGAUGAAGAAGAAGUCUCUGCAGCGCUCACCUUGGCGCAGCUGAAAGAGAGUGGAGCUGUUCAGUGGAACAAAGACUUAGAUGCAGAAAGGGCCAGAGCCCAGCCCAUGGUCUCUUUAGAGCAGAACCAAACCACCUUGGGGAGAGACAGCGACACAGACGUGGAGGAGGAAAGGCUCCCAGUGGGAAAGAGGGAAUCUGUCCCCAGUGCUUACACAGAAAAGGAUGAGGCCCUUGUUACAGCACAUUCUAGAGAAAGCCGACCUCCCCGUGGAGACAGUGGUGCAGGUAGGAGCUCCCAUGGGACCCACCUGGAGAGAAGCCAAGCCUCCCCCACCACAGUGAACAUCAAGACAGAAGCAGAGGAGGAAGUCCCCCCAGGGCCAGCUGUUCCACACCUGGAGAGCCGUCAGGUGUCUGUGGAGGAAACAAAUCAAGCAGCAAAGCAGCUCGUGCCUGUUGGGGAAAGCAGACCUCCUGUCAAAGCCAAUGUGGAGGGGGAUGCAACCUCAGCAGUGGCAGCUGUGAGACAAAGCAAGUGUCUGGCAAAAGGGGAUGCUCAUGAGACGACUCCAGAAGUGGGGGCCCAUGGCAGGGCACCUGUGACACAAAGGGAGCAGGUGGUGCACAAAGGCACCCCAGGAAACCCCACCCCGCCACAGAGAGGAGGAGCACCUACCCCUGCAGAAAGGAAGAGGAAAUCAUAUUUGGCCAGGACCAGGGCCUCCAAAGAGAGCCCUGCUGCAGAUUGUGAAGAUCUGGACCUUCAAGCUACCCAGUGCUUUGUGGAGAGUGAGAGCCUGGAAGCCAGCCAGGGUUUGGAGGAUGAACCCACCCAGGCCUUCCCCUGUGUGCUCGCGCCGGAGCCUGGCCCUUCCCACUGCAGCGCUCAAGCCCCAGGGGCGCUGGAUGAGCCUUGGGAAGUCUUGGCUACACAGCCCUUCUGUGUGGGAGAGCCUGAAGCCUCCGCACCCUGGCCCAUGACCGCCCUCCUAGAGGCCUGCAGCUCUCAUCUGUCUCCACGAGACCAGCAUCCAGGGAGCCCGGCUCACAUGGAAUCACUGGGGACUGAAGGCAGAGCGACGCAGACUGUGGAGACAGAUAGGGGUACAGCAAGUGAAACAGCAGAGAGGGUGACCCCUGAGAGAGGAACACAAGAGAGAGACAUGAGGGAGCAGCUAGCAGGAGACAGUGCAGAUGAGUUGGAGGAGAAAAAGUUAACUAGGAGGAUAAAGGACAGAGAGCAGAAGCAGGUGUUAGCUGGAGCUGCUCAGGGCCCAGAGUCUGGCAGAAAGGUGGAAAGUGUGAGUCCUGAAAGGAGCAGGGAGAGCCCGAAAGAGGAAAUGGAGACAUCCAAGAAAGCAGGAGAGGAAGACAUCCAGAGGGAGACCCUUGCAAGAGAAGCACUCAAGGGGCUUAUAGAGAAAUCGGUGCCGGAAGCAGGGUGUGGGCUAGCAGAGGCUGGGUUAGCAGUGGCCCUGGAGCAAGGAGAGAUGGACCGAGGGCAUGGGGACCCCGAAGGGCCGGGGGGCCUGGAAGAGCAGGCUGCCCCAGCAAGCCCAGAGCCUGGAGUGGGGGCGGGGCGCCAGGCAGGUGGAGCGAAGGGAGCCCCAGGGAGCCCCAGCGGGCAGCCCAGAGGUCCUGUGAAUGGCAAGAGGCCACCUGCUGAGCAGGCUUCGGGGGGAGAUCCGCAGUCUCCAGACGCGUGCCUGCCUGCUGUGGCACCCGGAGCCUCCAUCCCACCCUCAGGCCCCUUUACCUCUCGGCCCCUUCGUUCUCCUCUUGCGUCUUCUGACCCCGCCAUUCCCAGGGGCAGGCGCAGUGGGAGACGGGAGGCUCCAGAGCCUGCCCUGUCCUCAGAGCUGGACCCUUUCCCGACAAAGCCCAGUGUUGGGCGCCGGGCCUCCUCCAGGGUGGCCACCACUUCGCUUUCCACUGCUGCCCGUGUGCCCCGCCCUCCCACUCCCAUGGAGCAGCCUGCUCCCCCUGGGCCCAUGUCUCGGGCAAGUCAGGCCAGGACACUGAGGCCCUCUGCCAAGACUCCCGAGGCAGUGGGAGCAACAGCCCCCGAGCUCCAGGCGUCCACCUGCACCUCCACAGAGCAGCCUGUCGCCCCUGAGCCCACACCUCGGGCCACGAGGGCCCGCACAAGUAGGGCCUCUGCCAGGGCCCCCAAGGCAGCGGAAGCAACAGCCCCCGAGCUGCAGCCCUGUGCCCCCACACACCGCCCCCGCACACCUUGGGCCACCCGAGGGAGAGCACGUAGGGCCUCUGUCGGGAGCUCCGAACCAGUCUUCCCCAUGAGCUCUGAGCUGCAGGCGUCCACCUCCACACAGCAGCCUGUCACCCCCGAGCCCGCACCUCGGGUCACUUGUGGGAGAAGAAACAGGUCCUCUGCCAAGACCCCUGAAGCAGUUGAACCAACAGCCCCUGAGCCCCAGCCCUCCGCCUGGACCUCCACAGAGCCUCCUGUCACCCCCAAGGUGACACCUUGUCACACCACAGCUCAGGGCAGAGCCCCCCAGGAAUCCCAGCCUUCUGUCACCACAGGCCAUGCCCGUGAGCCCAUCCCUCAAGCCCGUCGCAGCAGGAGACAGAGGGCUGCUGGGAAGCCUGGCUCCUUCACACCUCCCAGUAUCCAUCAGCCUUGCUCUGAACCUCAAAACCGACCCGCAAGGCACCAAAGGGCAGGCAGGCUGAGGGCAGCUACGUCCCUUGGGACUGUUCCUGACCCUCCCUUUCCCCAGCUUCCUGAGGCGCCCACUCAGGCCGACCAAAUCCCAAAGACAGAACCAGCAGAUGGCCCCAGGUCUACCCUGGAGCCACAGCCUGGGGCCCCUCAAAGGCACAGGAGGCCCCCCGCCAGUGCAGAUUCACCCCCUCUUCUAAAGCGGCCCCAAAGAGAAGGCUCCCCAAAGACAGUGGUCCCCAAGGGAGAGGAAGACGGUUCUGCAGAGAGGCCUGGCAAGGCAGAGGAUGUGGGGGCUCCAGGACCAGGCAAGAGGAAGAGGGACCAGACAGAGAAGGAGCCCCAGGAAGUUCCAAAGCGUGGCCUCCGUAGGACCAAACCUGCUCAGCAAUCGACAGCCCCCAGAGUCCUCUUCACAGGAGUGCUGGACACCCGUGGGGAGCGGGCCCUGCUGGCCCUGGGGGGCAGUCUGGCCAGCUCGGUGGCAGAGGCCUCCCACCUGGUGACUGAUCGCGUCUGCCGGACAGUCAAGUUCCUGUGUGCCCUGGGGAAGGGCAUCCCCAUCCUCUCCCUGGAGUGGCUGCAUCAGUCUCGAAAGGCCGGUCACUUCCUGCCCGCGGAUCAGUAUGUGGUGACCGAUCCCGAGCAGGAGAAAAACUUCGGCUUUAGCCUUCAGGAUGCCCUGACUCGGGCGAAGGAGCGAAGACUGCUGGAGGGCUAUGAGAUUCACGUGACCCCUGGGGUCCAGCCCCCACCCCUGCAGAUGGCAGAGAUUAUCAGCUGCUGUGGAGGCACCGUCCUACCCAGCAUGCCCCGCUCCUAUAAGCCUUGUAGAGUGGUGAUCACCUGCCCCCAGGACGUGCCACACUGCUUCCCCGCAUCCCGGGCCGGCCUGCCCCUGCUUUCUGCAGAGUUCCUGCUGACCGGGGUGCUGAAGCAGGAAGCCAGGCCCGAGGCCUUCCUCCUCUAGGCCCAGGCACUGUCGUCCACUUGAACACCACAGUGCACAUCUCCCUGCCCUGUUGGCACAGCUGGAGUAGGGGAGCUGGGGCUUUAGAAGACCUUGCUGUUCAGAUGUGACCUGUGCUGGAACAGGGCAGGGCCCGAGGCUUUCUGGGAGAAGAGCAAGGCAACCACAGACGUUCUAUAGUGGCCAUAACUGCCAGGUGUGGUGGUGCACACCUGUAACGCUGGCAUUCUGGAGGCUGAGGCAGAAGGACUGCAAGUUCGAGCACAGCCCUAAGUGAUUUAAUGAGGCCCUGUCUCAAAAUAAAAAUUUGUUUUAAUU